UGGGUCUGAUUAGCUGAACACGUUUUUUGGGUGUCCCAGGAGAAAAUGGUUGGGACAUUCCGCUGGGACAUUGCCUUAGUGUAGAGAAAUGUAGAUGUAAUUCUGUAGAUGCAGUCAGACUACUUUGACAUGUGUAUGGAGGCAGUUAUAUAAGUGAAUUUGCUUAAAACUUAAAAUUAACCUUUGCCUGCUUUAACUCAAAGACAAUUAAGAUGUGAACUGUCCAAAAUAGAAGUAUUCAUUUAAGUGUUUAGAAUUGCCUUAUAAAGGGACUUCAGGGCCGUGACUGUGUUUCAGUGUGAUAAAACACUGUCUAGUUUGUUCGUAGAUUUGUGAGCUUGCAACUGUGAAUUUAUACUGAGAACUCAUGGUAAAGGUGAAUUGAAUCCUUAGUGUUAUUAUGCACAUUUUCUGUGGGAUCGGACUUUUCAUCAUAGUGCAUGAUUGUAGAAUGAAACAAUAGUUAUUAGAAUGUUUUAACGAGGAAUUUAUUUACUCUUUUAUAUGAUUGGAAUUUAUUAUAAGAAACGACCUCUUGGUGACAUUGAAACCAGACACCGGUACACGCCAACACAGCCUGUGUUGUCGUGCCGCACUGUUGACAUUGACGUCAGUGGUACAAGGACCUACCGGCCUAAGUCAUCUGCCGACAUCAUCAACGAACAGCACGCGCUGAUUCACAGAAUCUACUCCAAAAAUAAAACUAGGAACAUAGCGUCAGCCCCACCACGUCGUCCUAAAACUCCACGUGUCAGUGUGGAGACAAAGAAUAAGGACAACACUGUGACUAAUAACAAGAAGAACAACCUCAAGUCAGUUGAAGUUCAAGGUCGUCCCCUGACCUCUGUGUCUCAGAGACAACGGACCCAUUCUUCCAUUCAGUUAUCUACCUCAAACAAACGACCAAAAACUACAGGUAACAUCAAAUCCACCAAGUCAAGCCAUGAGAACUUCAUGAUAGUUCAUUCUGACCGGGAGCUCCUAGAGACCCGACGUUCCUACCAGAGCCUAACCAACAAAAUACACCAGCACUGGGAACCGGAAAACCACGACCUCAACACGGGAACCUACCAGCGGGGCAAGAAACCACCCGGGAUACCUAGUGUUGACUCCUGGCUCACUUUCAGUGGGUCCCAGGCCAACGAAUCUAACGGGGUGGUUGAUGCUUUUGCAGAGCAUGUGCUUGAACAAUUUUUGGAGGACUCGGACGACAGUUCUGUUGAUGAAAUGAAAGACCUGGAUGCCCAGGGGGAGUACUACAAUGUAGAGGGCACUGUGGGGAGUCGUAUAGCACAGCAGCUGCAGAAAGGGGACCGCAUACGCAUCGGUAUCAACGGCAACGUGCAAACACAUGACCUCAAGGUCAAGAAAUGGUGCAAGGAGGAAAGCCCUGUGAAGCCCCCAGAGGAUGUUGAGAAUGGUGAGGGCAAGGAAAACAUGGCGCGCAACGAGAACCAGAUCAUACCUCUGUCCUGGGAGGACCAGGUGCAGGCCUCGAACACCAAGAUCAUCACCCCCCGCCAGCAGGGCACAGAGAAGACUAGAGCUAGUGCAAGUGACACUCAUCCGGUGACAUUCACCAAGUUGCUCCCUGAUGAAUCCAGCUCCAUAUCUAUCAAGCUAGGGAAACCCGACACAAAGUUCAAGGUUAAACAACGCAAGAAAAACAAGCCUGGUGUCGAUGGACGGCAGCAGGAGAACAAGGUGACAGUGGUGACCAUCGACUCCAGAUCAGAAGAAGAGGAGAAAGCAAUUGAAAGCCUGACAGUGGACGAGGUCAUCAAGCAGAACGUCAGCUCCAGGAUCAGUGAGAAACAGAACGGCCACACCGAAGAAGGCGAACGUCUUUCUGUGACCUUCGCUUUAGCAGACCUUGACCCACAUAAUACACAAGAUGCUUUGUACAAUGCUGGCAAGAACAGCAUUGCUGACUCGCAUUCUAGUGUGAUGAGUGAUUACAAACACCCCAAAGUGAAACCCUCACAGCCCACGUUUAGUUCUAAGACACGAGAAGUGGAUUUGGACAUAAUUGGAACACUGAAUGUUCCCAAUGGACAGAGACCAUUGUCCAGUGAGACUGAACAGCCUAUGUUCACUAAAGCACCGUUUAUGCCCAGACCUUCGAUUGGACGGGCUGGAAGUGCAAGGAGCACGCACAGUGGCAUGAAGUCUGCAAAAUCACUUACGCAGCGAUCGCUUGUGUCAAAUUCGUUGAUAAACAUGAGCAGUCCAAGUUAUCGCCAGAAUGAGGCUGAGUUUAUUCAGAUCUCGCAUCCAGUGAAAAAUCCCAACACCGGACCGCAGAAGAAGCAGUCAUCAGAGUUCAUGCCGCUCGACUCCUCGCGGUCAAUACGAACUGCGUCUGGAAUAAGGGAUCCCAUGCCUUCCCCAGAGCUGACAAACUAUGAUGAUACUCCAAUCAUCACCAAUGAACCCACCGUUCCGAUCGUACCAAUCAAACCAGCCAUCAAGGUUGUAACUCCUGCGUUAUCAAUAAACAUUCCGACUGCAGAUUACACGGACUCUGCUAUGAGCUCACCGACCAGGAAACAGACAGGCAGCCCUGAGUCGUCCCCCCUGAUGAGACGGGCAAAUGAUAUGAGGGACGAACAAAUUGAACAGAUUACCACACUACUUGUAGAUGCUAUUAUUGGUCCCAAUGGGAGACCCGAGUCGUAACACGGAUUUUAUUCUGCAUCUGCUCUAUCAAGUUAAGGAAUUUGCUGACCCUGCAAGCUUUGAUGUGCCAAGUUACUCAUGGUGUAUUUGUCAGCAAUGUGUUUAAAGUUCGCUCCCUAUAAGCAUCAGCAGAAGCUUUGAUAUGUUGUGAAACUGUUUGUCCAUUCACAAUUUUGAUAAGCACAUUUCGGUACAAUUUUGUUUACUUUUGUUUUUCAAGGUUAUUGUUUGGAAUAUUUGCUUACAAAAUGCUGCUGUUGGUAAAAUGAAAAGCUGUUAAAUGUUUUCAUAUUUUUAACCAGGUUUUCCGAAGGAAAAUUAACCAGGUUUUCCGAAGGAAAAAACUGGUUAUUAGAUUGGCGAAUGCGGGCGGGCUGGCUGGCUGGCUGGCGGGCUGGCGGCUGGCUGGCGGGCGGGCGGAACAAGCUUGUCCGGGCCAUAACUAUGUCGUUCAUUGUCAGAUUUUAAAAUCAUUUGGCACAUUUGUUCACCAUCAUUGGACGGUGUGUCGCGCGAAAUAAUUACGUCGAUAUCUCCAAGGUCAAGGUCACACUUUGAGUUCAAAGGUCAAAAAUGGCCAUAAAUGAGCUUGUCCUGGCCAUAACUAUGUCAUUCAUUGUGAGAUUUUAAAAUCAUUUGGCACAUUUGUUCACCAUCAUGGGACGGUGUGUCGCACGAAAGAAUCACGUCAAUAUCUCCAAUGUCAAGGUCGCCACGACUAAAAAUAGAUUUUUUUUUAAAACAAACUUACAAAGGGGGUUUAUUUUGUUUGUUCAUUUCAAAAGUUCAGUUUGAGUUUUCUCCCUUUAUCAGAUUUUUUUUUCACAAUGAAAACCUGGUUUUGUGACAAUUUUGUCCCUUGUUCAAGAUAAAGUGCUGUCUAAUGUUCACUAUUCAUCAAACUAAAGAAUCGAACACAUUUACUUGUCAGUAUUUCCAAUAAAUUGAGAGCAACA